AUGUUUGUAGAUGGUGUUACAACGCAGUUUUAUAGGGGUAUGGGUGGAAGUCCAUAUUAUCGGACGCAUGACCAAUGUAACUCAAAAUGGGCUAAUGUGAACAAACUCAUAAUGGAUUGGAACAAAAUUUACACAAACUUUGAAAAACAAUGGGUUAGCGGGGAAAUUAUGUGGAAGAAAUUUGGAACAUAUGAAGACAUUUCAAAUCAUCCAAAAAGAAGCAAAACAUCUUCAUAUUCGAGCUCACAACAUAUGUCAUCGGAUAGUCACAUCGGCGUCGAUCUUAAUGAUGACAACAAUGACAUUGAAGAAAUACAUCCAUCUCCUCGUCCUAUGGGAAAGGACAAAGUAAAAGCUAAAGGAAAAGUAAAAGCGACAUCUUCAAAUUCGUCGGUCGAAACCGGACGGUCAACAAAUUUGAAGAAAUGA